UCCUAAUCAGUAUAUAAACUUAGGAAUUAAAGGUAUUGUUGAACCGUUUGCAAAAAGAAUGAGGCUCUCUUCAGCUGGUUUCAAUCCGCAACCUCAGGAAGACGUUGCAGGAGAGAAGAGAGUCCUGAACGCUGAACUUUGGCAUGCAUGUGCGGGUCCUCUUGUGUCUCUACCUCCGGUCGGGAGUAGUGUUAUUUACUUCCCACAGGGUCAUAGCGAACAGGUAGCUGCAUCAACCAACAAUGAAGUUGAUGCCCUCGUACCUAAUUACCCAAGCUUACCUCCACAACUUACAUGUCAGCUCCAUAAUGUCACCAUGCAUGCAGAUGUUGAGACAGAUGAAGUAUAUGCUCAAAUGACCUUGCAGCCGCUGAAUCCCCAAGAACAAAAGGAAGCUUACCUUCCAGCAGAAUUGGGCACUCCCAGCAGACAGCCAACAAAUUAUUUCUGUAAAACAUUAACAGCCAGUGACACAAGCACCCACGGAGGGUUCUCUGUUCCUCGCCGAGCAGCUGAAAAAGUGUUUCCCCCACUGGACUUCUCACAGCAGCCUCCUUGUCAAGAGUUGAUUAUGAGAGACUUGCAUGACAAUGAAUGGAAAUUUAGGCAUAUAUUUCGGGGUCAGCCCAAAAGGCACCUCUUAACAACAGGAUGGAGUGUAUUUGUAAGUGCCAAAAGACUAGUUGCAGGUGAUUCGGUGCUUUUUAUCUGGAAUGAAAAGAAUCAAUUACUUCUUGGUAUCCGACGAGCUAAUCGACCUCAAACUGUAAUGCCUUCGUCAGUUUUAUCAAGUGAUAGCAUGCACUUAGGGCUUCUUGCUGCUGCUGCUCAUGCAACUGCAACGAAUAGCCGCUUCACUAUAUUUUAUAACCCAAGGGCUAGUCCAUCAGAAUUUGUCAUACCUUUGACAAAAUAUAUCAAAGUUGUCUAUCAUACUCGAGUUUCUGUUGGUAUGCGCUUUAGAAUGCUGUUUGAAACAGAAGAGUCAAGUGUUCGUCGAUACAUGGGUACAAUAACUGGCAUAAAUGACUUGGAUCCUGUUCGGUGGCCAAAUUCACAUUGGCGAUCAGUCAAGGUUGGCUGGGAUGAAUCAACAGCUGGAGAAAGGCAGCCAAGAGUGUCCUUGUGGGAGAUUGAACCAUUGACAACAUUCCCUAUGUAUCCAUCUCCAUUUCCUUUAAGGCUUAAGCGACAGUGGCCACCAGGAUUACCUUCUUAUGGUUUCAAGGAUGAUAGUUUAGGCAUGACUUCUCCACUUAUGUGGCUGCAAGGAGCUGCAGGUCGAGGAAUACAGACUCUGAAUUUUCAGGGGAUUGGAGUUACACCGUGGAUGCAGCCAAGACUGGCUGCUGCUUCCUUGCUGGGUUUGCAGACCGACAUGCACCAAGCUAUGGCUGCUGCUGCACUGCAAGACAUGAGAGCUGUGGAUCCGUCCAAACCAGCAACCACUACAUUUCUGCAAUUCCAGCAACCCCAAAAUCUAUCCUGCAGGCCUGCUGCUUUAAUGCAGCCCCAGAUGUUGCAGCAGUCUCAGCCUCAGGCCUUUCAUCAGGGUGUUGAAGACAACCAACGUCAGUCUCAAUGUCAAACCGAGGUUCAAACACAACCACAUCUUGUUCAGAAACAAUUGCAGCAGCAUAAUUCAUUUAAUAGCCACCAAAACCAACAGCAGUCGCAGAAUCCACUGUCACAGCAACACCAGCAACCAGUCGAUCAACAGCAUAUUUCUAGUGCGGUGUCUGCCAUGUCACAGUAUGCUUCAGCCUCUCAAUCCCGGUCAUUGCCUUUCCAAGCCAUACCUUGGCUUUGUAAUCAACAGAGUUUUUCUGAUUCAAAUGGGCAGACCAGCCCUAUUGUUUCUCCUUUGCAUAGUCUUUUGGGUUCUUUUCCCCAGGAUGAAUCGUCCAAUUUGCUCAACUUGCCUAAGUCCAACCCUGUAUUAACUUCUACUUCAUGGCCAUCUAAGCGGGCAGCUGUUGAAGUUCUCUCAUCUGGAUCUCCACAAUGUGCUCUGCCUCAGGUGGAACAGUUGGGGCCCAUCCAGACCAACGUUUCUCAUAAUUCUAUUUCAUUGCCUCCCUUUCCUGGCAGGGAGUGCUCAAUAGACCAAGAGGGGGGUACUGAUCCAGAGAGCCAUCUCUUAUUUGGUGUUAACAUAGAGCCUUCAUCUCUUCUGUUGCAAAAUGGGAUGUCAAGCCUUGGGGGAGUUGGUAGCAAUAGUGACUCGACAACAAUACCCUUCUCAUGUAAUUAUACGAGUACUGCAGGCACUGUUUUUUCAGUUAAUCCAGCAAUGACACCUUCCAGUUGCAUUGAUGAAUUGGGAUUCUUGCAGUCUCCAGAGAAUGUGGACCAAGAGAACCCACAAACUAAAACCUUUGUUAAGGUUUAUAAAUCAGGGUCCUUCGGGAGGUCAUUGGAUAUCUCCAAAUUUAGCAGCUACAAUGAGCUGCGCGGUGAACUUGCAUGCAUGUUUGGCCUUGAAGGCCAUUUGGAGGACCCUUUGAGAUCAGGCUGGCAGCUUGUAUUUGUUGAUCGGGAGAAUGAUGUUCUUCUCCUUGGUGAUGACCCCUGGCCGGAGUUUGUAAACAGUGUGUGGUGCAUCAAUAUACUUUCACCGCAAGAAGUUAAGCAAAUGGGCAAGCGUGGCCUGGAGCUUCUAAACUCUGUUCCAGUUCAGAGGCUCUCGAAUGGCGGUUGUGAUGACUAUGUAAGCCAGCAGGACUCGAAAAAUUUGAGCUGCGGUCUUGCUUCCAUGGGGUCUUUGGACUACUGA